CUCCGGACUCCGCAAAAGCAACAAGUUUGACUACGAUCGGGACCACAUUUCUUCGUCACAUUACCUUACAUAAAUGUGUCCUUUCGUAUUACUAAUAAAACUUUUAUUCCGUGCGUAUUGCAUGAGAAUGUACGUCGCAUCUCAACCCUGCGUGCGUUCCGGGUGCGGCAUGGGAAGGUGAGGGAUGACGAGAGAGGGUAAGUUACGCGUCGACGUAUGAUUUCUCUGGCGCCCCAUGAAACGCGCAUGGCAGUUGGAACAGCGCGUAUUUAAGGGCUGAUCUCCGGCUGUUCUCGCCACUGUCACACUGUUCUCGUCCGGGCCUCACGCCGGUCAUCCCACGCGACGCUUGUCUUUGCAACCCUUCGUCCUUCUUCGUCGAGCCAUCGUCCACGUCCACGUCCGCGACACGUCGACGGCGAUCUUCGUUAUCUUCUCGUCCAUCCCGCGAGUCACAUCGCGAGAUAUCCCGCAAUCCUCCGCACCAUCCUAUCGCCUUUCCACACGGACGUCUGUCCAAGUCGCCAAGUCGGAACUUCGGGAAUCAAAUUCGGGGGUAUCAUAUCCCUCGUGCGAAUUCGCGGCCCCGUUCAGGUUGACACCGAUUUGCAGUCUACCGGUGCGAUAAAAGGGGUGAACGAGCGCGACGAAGCCGUAAGCCUCUGCUUUUGCUGACUAUCUCUCAACGACCACUUUCUUUGCUAUCUUCACGCUUUCACCAGCCCGAAAAUGAUGAGCUCGACGCUGAUGAUCCUCGUAUCCGUGACGACUAUGGCAAUCCUCUCCGGCGAAGCUCUCGCCGGGUCGCCUGGUAUUUCAUGCAACCCAGGAUUUCUUGACGAGCUUCCACCCAGACUCCGUAAAAUCUGCAUGGCCUUCGCCAGAAUAUGGGACGUUAGGGACAUGAAUGACUUCAUUGACGACAAAGAAUACCGAGAGAACUUACCGCGGUACGACAGCGCUGUCAAGAGACAAGACGUCGAUCAUGUUUUCUUGCGCUUUGGAAAACGACGUUAGAACCAGGCAUCACACUCUGCUCUCUAUUCGCAAGCGAUAAACGAUUCGAGUUACCCUUAAGUUUCUCAUUCGAUCAUUCUGUCGUCUAGAGAACUCAGCGCGUCUAUGGAGAAUGUAAAAGAAAAAAGGAAAAAAAGAGAAAAGAGCAACAACUCACCGAAAAAUGAUCUCGUUCACAUCGUUAAUGGUUUAAUAAUUUUCAUUUUCAUUUUUGCUGUAUAUAUAACAGCAUUUAAGAGACCAAAUUGAUCCCCUCGAGCGCUCUGAGUCGUCCCUGCGUGAAAGUAAGUAUAUCUUGUUAAAUAUGGAUUUUAUGCGCGUUAAAAGCAAUUAAUUUUGCUCUCUUUGUUUGACAAAGGUGAAAAUUUUAAAGGAACUUUAAUUAACAAUUAAAUAUAUAUUAUAUUA